CGGUGGAGAUUCGUACCCAAUUCUCGACACAAAAUGAUCGUAAUCGACGAAAAUAUGGUCCUCAAAUUGCUGGACUGGGACAAAACAUUCCAAGCCAUGGAGGUAGCAAUGAGACGCUGUACCGAGAAAAGAAUAGUGCAAACAGCCAGAAGCAAAACUCAAGUACUAGAUAAGCCCAACUUGUUGGUUUCCAUGCCGGGUUAUUUAGAAGACAGCACCUUCGGUGCUCUGGGAUGUAAACUAGUAACAUUCUUUCCCACCAACAGCAACCUGCCCAAACCACUACCCACAGUGAUGGCCAGUAUUUUGCUAUUCGACGAAACUACCGGCCUACCGAAGGCAUACGUAGGUGGAUUCGAAAUCACGAAAUGGAGAACAGCAGCGGCCUCUGCGGUGGCUACUCAGCACAUUUACGCCAAGCGAUCCAAACCCUUGCGAGUUCUGGCCAUCUUGGGAGCCGGGGAACAGGGCCGUGCUCACGCCGAUUGCUUCAAACACUGCUUCAACUUCCAAGAAAUAAGAGUAUGGAACAGAACCGCCUCCAAAGCCAAAAGUCUAGUCGACGAAUACAACAAAAAAUACAACACGAACAUCUUCAAGCACUGCGAAAGCAACGAGAAAUGCGUUAGGGGCGCCGAUGUGAUCGUCGCUGUGACCAACACCAGCGAGCCCAUCGUCAUGGCCGAUUGGGUGAAAGCGGGAGCGCAUAUUAACUCCGUGGGGCUCGGAAAGACUCACCACAGCGAGGUGGAGGAGAAGUUGUACUUCGACGCUGACGUGUACAUCGAUCACUGGGAGGGAGCCAGAGCUGAAUUGUCCGGUUUGAUAAAGGCCGGUGUGCAAUUCAAAGGGGAAGUUGGGAGUGUUAUAGCUAAUGAAGUUCAAACGGAAGAUGCCAACAGGGUGACGAUUUUCCAAAGCUUAGGUAUGGCUGUUGAGGAUUGCGCCAUGGGUCGACUAAUAUACGACACUUAUUUAAAAACCCACUCGAAUUGAAGGGAUGUAGAUAAAUUGGGCGCAAAAGGAAUUGAAAAUUUAUAGGUAAAUUGGGCGUGUGAAUUAAAGUGUCGCCAAAAAAUAACCACAAAUUCGAUAAAUUACAUUUUUUGCGUUGUACGCGAAUAGGUGGGAUUUUAAGAUGCGUUCGAUGAUACAUAAACUGUCACAAUUGACAUUUCGUACGACAGAAGAUUAAUAGAGAUGGGAAUCUAUUUUUUGGUAUAGAGCUGCGUAAAGACUGUUACAAAAUAAGCGUUAUUUCUCAAAUAUUCUUAACCUGGAUAUUCUACUACAUCCUACACUGUAAAUUUGUUCAUUUCCCUACUUUUUUCACGGAAAAAUUUCAAUUUCGUUACAAUGAACCCAACCAAUCCCUUUACCUACCUGAAACACAUUCUCUUCCCCAAUUUACCUAUACUUACAGGAUUAAAAUACUUUUUUAAUACCCAUUAAAUAUAUAUAUUUUUGCGCCCAAUUUACAUAGUCUUUGUUUUCACCACUGCU